CUGUCUCUGUAUAUUCGGCAGGUCCCGCUAUACUCCGUGUGUCCGCAGUGCUCGCCCCCGUGUCCCGUGGCCGCGCUCCGCUCGGUUCUCCCGGUGUGGUUUCCUCCUCCCAGCCCGUGUUCCCGGUAUCGGAGCCGCCUGACUGUGCGCCCCCCGGGAGAGACCCCUACACCCCCCGGGCCCGACCUCCCACCGGAGCCGCACGGUGUAACCCCGGAUACCGAGAGCCCCCGGCUCCCCGAACCCCCCGGCCCGGUCUGUGGUGACCCCGCAUCUCCAUCCUGCGCCCCCUCUCCCAGCUCCCGGACAUGGGGCCCCCAGCGGGCCCCGGGCUGCUCCUGCUCCUCCUCGGCUCCCUGCGGAUCAGCGCAGCCAAAUAUGUGAGGGGUAACCUGAGCACCAAGGAGGACUGGGUUUUUCUCACGAGAUUUUGCUUCUUGUCUGAUUAUGGACGUCUUGAAUUCAGAUUUAAAUACCCGGAGGCAAAAUGCUGUGAGAACAUCCUGCUUUACUUUGAUGACCCAUCUCAGUGGCCAGCCGUCUAUAAGAAGGGGAGCAAGGACUGUUUUAUGAAGGAAUCCGUGAUCCGUCCAGAAAACAAUCAGGUCAUUAACUUGACUACCCAGUAUGUUUGGUCUGGAUGUCAGGAGAUAAAAGAAGGAGGGACAAGUUAUCUGAGCUGCAAUAGUGGUAGAAGUUUCCGAUCCGUGCGGGAAAGAUGGUGGUACAUAGCCCUGAGCAAGUGUGGGGGGGACGGGCUGCAGCUAGAAUACGAAAUGACUCUAACCAACGGCAAGUCCUUCUGGACACGUCACUUUUCUGCAGAUGAAUUCGGAAUCCUUGAAACAGAUAUAACCUUUCUCCUGAUCUUCACCCUGAUCCUUCUCGUAUCGACUUAUUUUGGAUAUAUAUUAAGGGGACGGCAGCUUCUUCACACCACGUAUAAAAUGUUCAUGGCUGCAGCCGCGGUGGAGGUUCUCAGCUUGCUGUUUUUCUGCCUAUACUGGGGACAAUAUGCACAGGAUGGAGUGGGCAACCCCAGCAUCAAGGUACUAGCUAAGCUCCUGUUCUCUGCCAGUUUCCUGAUCUUUCUGCUGAUGUUGAUCCUGUUGGGAAAAGGGUUUACUGUUACCAGGGGUCGCAUAAGUCACCUGGGAUCCAUUAAGCUGUCAGUGUAUAUGACAUUGUACACGGUAACACACACCGUGCUGUUUAUAAAUGAGGCACAGUUCUUUGACCCUGCUCAGGUCCUGUACACCUACGAAUCACCGGCAGGUUACGGGAACAUCGCCCUGCAGUUCUUGGCAUAUAUCUGGUUUUGUUACGCUGUGUUAGUGACGCUAAAACACUUUCCAGAGAAGCAGGCAUUCUAUGUGCCAUUUUUUGCUGCUUAUACACUCUGGUUCUUUGCAGUUCCAGUUAUGGCGCUGAUAGCUAAUUUUGGAAUUCCUAAAUGGGCCCGUGAGAAGAUUGUGAAUGGGAUCCAACUUGGAAUUCAUCUCUACGCACAUAUUGUCUUCCUGGUGAUCACAAGACCUUCUGCAGCCAAUAAGAAUUUUCCAUACCACGUGCGCACCUCUCAGAUUGGGAUCAUGGAGCAGAGCACAGAAAAAUUUCCCCACCACGUCUAUGGAAACGUCACCUUUAUCAGUGAUUCUGUCCCCAAUGUCACUGAGCUGUUCUCUAUCCCGAACUGCAAUGGUACUACAGGAGUGGUAAAUAAACCAUUACAAUAUCCUGUGACCCUCGGGCAGCACUAUUCCCAGCUGACCUCUGACCCUCAUCAGGUGGUCACUCCGCCACCAGUGAAUGGUGCCCCUGGAAGUCAGAAGAUACCAGUUGGGGAGACACAACUUGGGAGUCUUCAGCAGCUCCAUGCCCCUCAAAUCCAUAAUCAGAAUGGCUUCCCUGAAUACUUCAGCAUCCGCUCUGCAGGUCCCCAGCCCAUGUAGAAACCCAACACAGUCUGGGGACGUGUCCCCUCCACACUGCAGUACUUUCUGAGCCAAUACGGACCCUCUAGAUUCACAUAUGAGUUGAUGUUCCGAAGCAGAACUCAUCUGGAUGUAUGUGUGUAAAGGACAGAACUGAGUGGAGAGACAAGUGUAUCGUGUUUCAUUUUCAUGUGUUUAUAUGUAUGUAUGUGUGUACAUAACACACAAACUCUAUAAUUAUUUGUUUUAGUACAUGUGCCUUUCCCUACCACUUGUAUCAUCUCUAACCUAUUUCUAUUCCCAUUCUGAAUAAUUAUUGUUUUGGUUGUUUGUUUAUAUUUUGUCUUAUUGUAUGCUGUGUCCAUUCUGCAUUCUAUACUCCCAUCUCUUAUUAUUUCUCUGCUUGUAGCUUCCUUCUUUCUAAUAAUUUUUCUUUGCCCAAUUACUCUGCAUCUUGUAGUUUCCUGUUCUUCGUGUGUCUAGUUUUCUGCUCUUUCUG